CUCAAAUCCCAAAAUAUUCCCUUCUGAGCACACUUCCCUCCCACGAGAACCUUAAUUGAUCACUCACGUGCGGGAUUGAUUUGCAGUUUGAACACGUGGCUCACUGGAGAAAAAAAACGUAGUUUUUUUUUUUUUUUAAUCCUAUUGUCUUCCGUUGAUUUUAUUUUAAAGGAGGCGGCGCGUGCACGUGCGCCUUUUCUUCAGUUCGGACACGAAGAUACACACACACACAAAAGUAGUUUUUUUUUUUUUUUUUUUUCUUCAAUUGGGAGGACAUGCAAUAAGCUCUCGCAGGCCAGUGCGCAAAUACACGUCCGUCAUAAUUCUUGUCUAUCUAUCCAGGCAGCUUUGGAGCGAGCGAGCGAGGAGAACACGCCCGCUCCGGCUGUGAUAGACAGUGCGCCGCUCUCUCCCAGCACGCGACUAAUAAAGGGCUCUGCUCUUUCCUCAACGCGGUCGCUCUUUUCUUUCUUUCUUUCUUUCUUUCUUCCUUUCUUCCUUUCUUUUUUUUGUACGUCAAUAUGAACAAGCUAUACAUCGGCAAUGUGAGCGAGCAGACGAGCGCGCUCGACUUGGAAACUAUCUUCGAGCAGUGGAAGAUACCGUUCAGCGCGCCCUUUUUACUCAAAAGUGGCUACGCGUUCGUGGACUGCCCCGACGAAAAGAUCGCGAUGAAGGCCAUUGACACACUUUCAGGAAAAGUAGAACUUCACGGAAAACUUCUAGAGGUAGAGCAUUCGGUCCCCAAGCGCCAAAGGAGCUGUAAACUGCAGAUCAGGAAUAUUCCUCCACACAUGCAAUGGGAGGUGUUGGAUGGAUUAUUAGCUCAGUAUGGCACUGUGGAGAAUUGUGAACAAGUUAACACGGACAUGGAGACGGCCGUAGUGAACGUGCGUUAUGCAGAUAAGGAGCAGGCCAGGCAAGCAGUUGAGAAAUUGAACGGUUUCAUGAUGGAAAACUAUGCACUGAAGGUCUGCUACAUACCAGACGAGACCGUGCUGUCUGAUCCCCCGUCUAUGGGCAACAGGAGAGGAGGGGCACUACGUGGGCCGCCACGCCAGGCCUCACCCUCUCUGGGAACUCGCCCUAAGCUGCAGUCUGACAUUCCACUGCGCAUUCUCGUGCCCACCCAGUUUGUGGGUGCCAUCAUCGGCAAAGAGGGUGCAACCAUCCGCAAUAUUACCAAACAGACACGCUCAAAAAUCGACAUCCAUCGUAAGGAAAAUGCAGGAGCAGCAGAGAAACCCAUAACGGUCCAUUCGACUCCAGAAGGUUGUAGCUCAGCCUGCAGGAGCAUCAUGGAGAUCAUGCAGAAGGAAGCCAUGGACACGAAAAUCACCGAAGAGAUUCCUCUGAAGAUUUUGGCUCAUAAUAACUUUGUGGGGCGUCUGAUCGGAAAAGAGGGACGCAAUUUGAAAAAAAUCGAACAAGACACCGGGACCAAGAUCACCAUCUCGCCUCUCCAGGACCUGACUCUUUAUAACCCUGAGCGAACGAUCACUGUGAAGGGCUCGAUAGAGGCGUGUGCCAGGGCUGAAGAGGAGGUCAUGAAGAAAAUCAGAGAGGCUUAUGAGAACGACGUGGCCGCCAUGAACCUCCAGUCUAAUCUGAUUCCCGGCUUGAAUUUGAAUGCUCUGGGGCUUUUCCCGGGUGGAACAACAGGAGCGAUAUCUCCCACUAUGACACCAGGACCUCUGUCUGGAGCACAAGCUGGAUAUCCAUCAUUUGGGUGCAGUGUGUUUCCGACCAAGGUUCCAUUUUGGUCCUUCAGCAGUAGCCAUGACUCUCUUUGUCAGCAGCAGCCCGAGUCGGAGACGGUGCAUCUCUUCAUCCCUGCGCUGGCCGUGGGUGCCAUCAUCGGGAAGCAGGGCCAGCAUAUAAAGCAGCUCAGCCGUUUUGCUGGUGCAUCAAUAAAAAUCGCCCCAGCUGAUGGGAUGGACGCCAAGCAUAGGAUGGUCAUUAUUUCAGGACCACCAGAGGCCCAGUUCAAGGCUCAGGGACGUAUCUUUGGGAAGCUGAAGGAAGAGAACUUUUUUGGGCCGAAGGAAGAAGUCAAACUAGAAGCUCACAUUAAAGUGCCCUCAUUUGCUGCUGGACGGGUCAUCGGGAAAGGGGGCAAAACGGUGAAUGAACUGCAGAACCUGACUAGCGCAGAGGUGGUUGUCCCCCGCGAUCAGACACCAGAUGAAAAUGACCAAGUGAUAGUGAAGAUUACUGGCCAUUUCUAUGCAAGCCAGCUAGCUCAGCGAAAGAUUCAGGAGAUCCUCUCCCAGGUGAGACGACAGCAGCCCAAAGGCUCGCCUACUGGAGCGCCGAUACCACGGAGGAAAUGAUUCACCCAGCGCCCGGAUGGUGACGGAGAAGAGAACAGGACAUGGGACGUGCCCAUCUCCGGAGUCCACCACCUCACCCACCUCCUGGCAUUUCUGGCAAACACACGUCUCUCCCCGUCACUGCCGUCGUGUGGUACCUGCACAAUGCUAUUUCUCCCUCUUGUUUCUUUUGUUUUUGCUUGAUUGAUUUUUGAGUUUAUCAUGUAAAAAAAAAAAAAAAAAAAAAAAGUCAAAGCAUUGCUCUCCUAGACUGGCUAGGGGUGGGGUUCCUAAAAAGCUCUGGGUGUAUGGGGAUGGGACUGGAAGUGUUGUGGAAGAAUCUGUUUGUCCCAGUAUUGCUUAAUGGCGUAUAUAUAUAUAUAUAUAUAUAUA